UGGCUCGUCAUGCAGUAUAUCAUGAACACCCAAUCUGAACAUGAAUCAGAGGUGCCUAACCUGCUAUGAGCUCUGGAAAGAAACAACACCAGAUUACUUUUGACAUUCACGGAGCAGCUGGAUGCGGAGGAUCGUCGCUUUUGGGCUCGGGAAACAAACACUGAAUGGUGGGAUUGCAUCAUUAUGCAGGUCUGAGUUGACAAGCAGUGGCUGCAGAAUUUUCAGAUAUGAAAGCCACCUUCCUGGAACCGUGUGCAGAGCUCACCUCAACACUGCAGCGCAAGGACACCAAAAUGAGAGCUACCCUCUCAGUGGAGAAGCGUGUGGCAAUUGCUGUGUGCAAGCUGGCUACUCCAGACUGCCAGUGGUCGGUUGCAGAGCAGUUUGGAGUCAGGAGGUCCAUCUUUGGGGCUGUGUUAAUGCAAGCGUGCAGGGCCAUUAAUCGCAUACUGCUACGAAGGACUGUGACUCUUGGCAAUGUGCAUGAAAUAGUGGCAGCAAUGAGAUUCCCUAACUGUGGCAGGGCGAUAGAUGGCAUGCAUAUCCUGAUUUUGGCCUUGGACCAUCUUGUGACAGAGUACAUCAAUAGAAAGGGGUGCUUCUCUAUGGUAUUGCAGGCACUUGUGGAUCUCCGUGGCCGUUUCACUAUCAACACGGGGUGGUCCGGGAAGGUGCAUGAUGCAUGCAUCUUCAGAAAUGCUGGACUUUACAGAAAGCUGCAAACAGGGACUUUCUUUCCAGACCAGAAGAUUCAAAUUGGGGAUGUUGAAAUGCCCAUAGUGAUCCUGGGAGACCCAGUGUACCCCUUACUCCCGUGGCUCAUGAAUCCUUACAUGGGAAACCUGGACAGCCACAAGGAAUGCUUCAACAACAGGCUGAGCAGGGGUACCAGAAGAUACUUCAGUGAUGAUAGACCCACAAGAGUGAAAAUUAUGAAUGAAAUGCAUUAACAUCCCCCUUUGACCCUGAUCUCUAAUAGACUUCUUGUAGCCCUUGGAAGAGAGGGUCAGGGGAGAAGGGUUGAAGGUCAUCAUGAAGCUAAAGCAGCGAGUGGUACUGCUGGCCAUCCUCCUUGUCAUCUUCAUUUUCACAAAAGUUUUCCUCAUUGACAACUUGGACACUUCAGCUGCCAACCGGGAGGACCAGCGGGCCUUUCACCGCAUGAUGGCAAGCUUGCGUGUGGAGCUAGACCCCCGACUUGAUCAUACGCUGCAGUCCCCCUGGGAGAUUGCCGCCCAGUGGGUGGUACCACGGGAAGUGUAUCCCGAGGAGACGCCAGAGCUAGGGGCUGUUAUGCAUGCCAUGGCUACCAAGAAAAUUAUAAAAGCUGAUGUGGGCUACAAAGGGACCCAGCUGAAAGCUUUGCUGAUACUUGAAGGGGGACAGAAAGUGGUCUUCAAACCUAAGAGAUAUGCCAGAGACUACGUAGUAGAAGGAGAGCCAUAUGCUGGAUAUGACAGACACAAUGCGGAGGUGGCAGCCUUUCACUUGGACAGAAUUCUGGGUUUCCGACGAGCUCCACUGGUGAUUGGCAGGUUUGUGAAUCUGCGUACAGAGAUCAAACCUGUUGCAACAGAGCAGCUGCUGAGUACCUUCCUGAUGCUGGGUAAUAGUACCUGUUUCUAUGGGAAGUGCUACUAUUGUCGAGAAACAGAACCAGCUUGUGCUGAUGGAGAUACCAUGGAGGGGUCAGUCACGCUGUGGCUGCCGGAUGUCUGGCCUCUUCAGAAGCACCGGCAUCCUUGGGGAAGGACUUACCGUGAAGGCAAAUUGGCCAGGUGGGAGUAUGACGAGAGCUACUGUGAUGCUGUGAAGAAGACCUCACCUUAUGACUCAGGCCCCCGCCUCCUUGAUAUCAUUGACACUGCCAUCUUUGAUUAUUUGAUUGGGAAUGCUGACCGACAUCACUAUGAAAGCUUCCAGGAUGAUGAAGGGGCCAGUAUGCUUAUCCUCCUGGACAAUGCCAAAAGUUUUGGAAACCCCUCCCUGGAUGAGAGAAGCAUCCUCGCUCCUCUUUAUCAGUGCUGCAUCAUCCGAGUUUCCACCUGGAACAGACUGAACUACCUGAAGAAUGGAGUGCUGAAGUCUGCCUUAAAGACUGCCAUGUCUCAUGACCCCAUCUCACCAGUGCUCUCCGACCCUCACUUGGAUGCCAUGGACCAGCGGCUCCUGAGCAUCCUGGCUACAGUGAAACAGUGCACAGACCAGUUUGGUCCAGACAUUGUACUGGUGGAAGACAGGAUGACACUCUCCCAUUUGUAACUUUCAUGGAAAACAGAUGAAACUCCCUUUUUUUAAAAAACAAAUGAUAGAAAAACAGCACAAUCGGUUCUGAAUGGCUAUGCCCAGGAUGGACUGGAAAUGAAUGGAAAAGCUCCUGAGCCAGGGGAAAAGGUGGUGGUGGUCUUCAUCUUUGGCUGACAGCUGCUAGAGAAGGUGGAGAGUUUGGGAGCCCUUGGACAGCCCUGUAGCCACAGUGGCAGCUUCGCCGUCGUGGUGUGUCCAUUGCUGGCAGUGGACAUUGCACUGGGAAAACACAACUGCUGGUGUUAAUGAGAAAGAGAGUGGAAUUCAACAGGAAUAUGUGGGCUGGUUCUAGAGGGGACAAUGGAGAUGGAACAUUACAGUCCUCUCCCCUUUCUCUUUCCCCAGCCACCCACUCUUAAUAUGCUCUUGUGAGGUUUUAGUCCAAUUCAGAGUUGUAUAUAAUCAGCUGUGAGCUGGUUAGGUAUUUUUUUGCCUCCUUUAAAAAAAGAGGAAGUGGUAAAUAAAAUAAUUUAGUGCCCCCUGCUGGGGUAGAAUGUCCUUGCGAACACCAAUGGGGUGGGAGAUGGUGUGUCUGCUGCUCAGCUGUGUUCUCGUUAAUAAGAUGCUGGGAAGAGGGAUCUGCUUCAUAUGUGAUGAUGCUUCAAUGUUAUCACUGAAGUGCUAGUGAAAAUUCAUCCAUGCAAUUGGAAGUUGAGGAGAUGACGACCAGCUUUUUUUUACAGCACUAAGAUCCAUCCAAUAGCUGAUGAUUAAUAUCUGUUCCCCAAGAAAUUACUACAUGGACCAACACUACUUUCUGUACAUAGGGAAUAUAGCAGAGCAGAUAUCCCCAUGAAUCUAUGUCCAUAUUAACCAAAUUAUCUUUGUAUUAUAGCUGAGAAGCAGGAUAAAAUCUGUUCUCAGAGCAGAUUCCACUUAGCCAGAUCAUUUUUCUUAUAGUAGGCCCUAUAAAUGGGGGUGAGCAGAGUAUGUAAGACAAACUAGGAACAGGCUUCUUGCUGACCUACACAGAUAGCCAACAGCUGUGAACAAAGAGCCUAAGGAUUACAGAAAGUAUUGGCUGCUCUGCCUAUGGCAUGGAAGGGCUUACUCCCCACCCUCUGAAUGGCAAUCACAGUUCUCGGUGCUGUUGUUUUUGUAGAAGACCAGACAUUGACUUUUGUGGUGGAACUCUUAAACUGAGCAACUUCAGUUGGCCUCCUUCCUUUUCCCAGCUGCUGUGAUAUACUGAUUCUCUGGUGGUUGUCUUGGAAUUCUACCUUGUAUUAAUUUGAGGGGCAUUUUUUCAUGGCAAACUUGAUGCUCAUAAAAAAAUAUGUGCUGUCUAUAAGAGGGUAUGAUGGAGGAGUGCUAUGCACAUGUUCCUGUGCAUUUGUCAAUGUAUCUCAAUUUUGAUUUGUAGCUCUCCUCUUCUGUUGGUCCUGUGUCAUCCUCUAGCAGAGAUUUCAAACUGUUAUAGACUAGCUUGAGGCCACAAAACUCAUCGUUUAUGAUAAAUUGGUUAUUUAAAUCCAUGGCUCCAGAAACAAAAGAGGAUUUUUUCACUACACUCCCACAUCUACUGGCGUUGCAUCAGUUUGAUGUGUGUAGCUAAUAUGGUACACAAAAGGAUGAAUAAUCUUACUCAAGCUUCCUCCUAGAAAUAGCAGGGUUGGGGGAAUGCUUUUGUACGCACUACUUUAGAUGAUAUAAGACGAAGUGCAGCAAGUUGAUCUCCAUUUCUGUGCUUCCCUGGCCUCCUACGAUUUAAGUUUAUUUCUUUGUUUAAAUCUGUUCUAAUUGCAGGCUUAGGAAUCUCUUUGGCUCUGCCAUGGUGUAGCUGGCAGUUGGAGAUUGUCCUUUCUGUUGAAGGUGUUUAAUCCUUCUGAAAUGCAACGAGGUAGAAUGGAAAUAAAAAGUAACUCAGUGUUCUAGCUGUUGCACCUGCUGCCAUAGCCAAUCUAGCAGGUAUAAGUGGAGGAGAUUACCUUGAAAAUGCAAUUGGUUUUACACAACCUGUCCUGAGGAACUGUAGAGGCUGUUAAUAAUAGGCUAAUGCCUGAUGACGCUUAUCACCUCACGGGAGCUGGGCUUACAUCCUGAUUAGAGCAUAAGUGAAAGAGUCUGGUUUUGUUCUAGUUCCCCUCUGGGCCAUCAUCCAUGUCACAAACCUGCUACACAUUAGGACUGGAAUAGUAGCAGGUGCUACAGGAAAGGACUGAAGUGCAUUGACAGCUGAGAGAGAAUUUUGUAUAAUCCUUGUUGGCAGUAUACCUGACUUUAAACUAGUGCCUAUCAGUCCAGUUUCACAAGCACUGAAUUCGCUUUUCAAAGGCAAACUUCAUUUGGUCAGUGAGUUCUUUCCUACUAUGUGUGAAUUGUUCUUCCUGGCUUCCAUCAGAGCAGAAAUGCUUCAGCAUGAACUAGCUUAUUGUGAGUGUGCCUGGGGAGUGUUGGCUCUUUUCUCCAUCUUUGAGAGCCCUCUUCUGCCACCCUCAUUCAUCCCAAGUAUUCUGUGGUGGUCUUACUGAUUUCAGUGGGGCUACUUAUGGAGUAAGGUACUACUUGGAAUGAGUGAGGGUAGCAGAAUUAAGCUUUGUUGGUGUGCAUUGGCAUUAAAUAUUUACUAUGAAACUGAAGAUAACUUAUUCAAGGAGGAGAGAAGAAUAAUGGUGUGGCAUGCAUGAUCUCACAAGUCUCUUCUUCCCCUCUGUUUUGAAGCAUAGGCCAUGACAUUUGAUGGUGCGGGAAGAGUCAAAUAUGUUUGGGAUUUUAUUUACAGUUGCUCAUUUGCAUUUGGUGGUGGGUUUUUGUUUAAAAUUAUGAUCUUGCCAUGAAAUGAAAUUGGUGUAAAGAGCUUUCAGUUUGCUUUCUCUCUGGCUUCCAGAGCUUGCAGUGAGUUGAGAUUUACUAGCCUGCUUUCCCACACUGUGACUGUCAGAGAAUUAAAGCACUGCAUCUUGGUUAACAAUAAAUGGAAAAGGGGUGAAUAGGCAACUUUGGAGGAGGGUGGAAGCAGGAAAUACAGGGAUGUUAUGACAUGUUACCUGUGAAGGUGUUUGGAAGAGCCUGCUCCGGGCUGGGCAUGAGGGUAACAGAGAGAAACACUGUGUCGUUUUUUACCUAAAGCUAGGCUUCCCCAAAGUAGAAAUAAAAAUUACAUCCUUAUGCCAGUGGGGUCUGUCUUGUACCUUUAAAAAUUGGCAUCCCUCAUUUGUAAGAGAUGCUAGGCUUUGUCAUUGAGAUUUUCAUGAUGCCCUCUUAUUCCAGUUGUCACAGUCUAAAGAUGCACAUGCAGUACGUGAUUGGCCCCAGAUGUUACAAAGAUAAUCAUUCUGGGGGUAUUAAUAGUCACGGUGCAGAAAUCAAGAACUAAUUAAGUCGAGCUUCAUUAGCCCACCGUUGUUUAUCUCCUGCCUGAGUCGACAAACAGAGUGGAGGAAACACUCUAAUUUGCUCUUCUGUCGGCAUGUAAUGAACUGGAGUGUGUCUUGCCAAACAAACUUCAAUCAAAAAAUAAUAAUUUAUUAAGAUAACUUAUUUGAUGUGGCAGCUGGAGCUGGACGCGAACACCUGUCUUGGAGCUGCCAGAGGAUUGCCCCGGGGAGCAGCUGCACAAAUGAAGGUUGUUAGUAAGAAGAGAAAACAAAUUCAAUCCUGACUUUCUAUUUGUGUUCCCCAGGGUCAGACUCUGCAUAAAGAAGCAUUAUGUGAAUAAAAAUUUUAAUAAAACAUC